AUGUCCACUAGCAAAGUGAGAAGUCGAAGCACCAAACGCCGCAACGAUGAACAACAACAAACCAAUGUGCAAAACAAAAUCACUACCAACCUGUCAGGGGAAAAAAUCCUCUUUCCGGAUGAAUAUAGCACGAAGUUCUCACCUGCAGGAAUACAUGUGGUUUUUGCGGACACUUCGUCUGAAGAAGCCUUUGCAGCCGUCACAGCUCGAGGCCCCAUAGUGUUUGCCGGUAGCUCUAUCUCCACAUAUGGCACACAAGCUGCCUGCUGCCAGUAUCAGCUACCUCUGUCAGUAGAGAAAAAAACAAACAACCAUAAGAGCUACAUGAGCGUCAAUAUGGCGGCGUUAGGUGUCAUUGUGGACAAGUUGGUGGCAUUUUGGAAGGUUCCUGCGGCUCGAAAAAAAUUUCCGUGGAUAUUUUUACUUAUUACGGUUUUAGGGUCAAUUUUGAAAGAGUCGGAGCUCGUUCCACAGACGUACUUCAGCAGUAGUAAAAACGUCUUGAACGUAUAUUUUGUCAAAGUGUCCUGGGGCUGGACACUGCUGCUACUGACACCAUUCCUUCUUCUCUCCAACUCCACCAUCCGGAGGAGUUAUUCUUUCCUCGGAUCGCGACUGUUGUCUCUGGUAGUGGCAACAUUUAUCUGGUAUGUCUGCACGGCUUCCUUUUUCUACAUCGAGGAUGUGACUGGCGCAUGUUUUGAAGAUGAUGCCUUGAGUAUCAUCAAGAAGGACCUAACCUCCAAGGCUACCUGCAGGCAGGCCGGCUACCGCUGGCAGGGGUAUGACAUCUCCGGACACUCGUUCAUACUGAGCUACUCUGCCCUCCUCAUCAUGGAGGAAACCGCUCCAAUGGCCUUCUUGAAGACAGCCAAUCUGUCAGCACUAAAUAAGAUGGUCCUCAAUCUGCUGUAUAUGGCCUUGAAUUUGAUAAUGAUUAUGUGGGUUUGGAUGUUUGUCUGCACCUCAGUUUACUUCCAUGACCCAUCACACAAGCUUCUCGGGACCACGUGUGGCGUGUUGAGUUGGUAUAUCACAUAUCGCUUUUGGUAUCUAAAGUCAUGGUCUCCAGGACUCCCCCCGCAGCAGCAACCCAAAAAACAAAAACAACGGGCUUAAACUAAACCCAAUGCUACCUUCUGUGGAUGUUUUGAUAAAUUGACCACCAUACCCACAACAACACACUGAGAGUGACAAUAUCUGUAUCCGGUUCCAAACUGGUCAUGGUACUUGAAGCUAUUUUGAGUUAUUACCUCCUCGCAGAAAGGUCGCUUUGUAUUAGAUGACCAGCCUCCACAGUGACCAACAGCUGCUGUUCCUGAAAUGACUCCUGGUAAUCGGAGAUAUAAGCAAGACGGUUCUCAUGUCCAAAAGGGUGUACUACAAAGAGAGAUGAAUAAGUAAGCAAUGAACCAAUAGUCAGAAUAUUCUAUUACAGGGGUGUCCAGAGUUGGCCCUGAAGGGCCACUGUCCAGCAGGUUUUAGAAGCUUUUCUGAUGCAACACACCUUAUUCACAUCAGAGUGCCAUAAUCGGGCUUGUGUCGAGUCUUUGAACUGAUCCACUUCAUCAGAAUCAGGUGUGUUGAAGCAGGGAAGCACACACAUGC